AUGGAUACCAUUUCGACACUCGACACUGCGGCGUGCAUUCUUCACGCAACUUCGUUUAUUGAGGCAACUUUCGCGGUUGCACAGAGCUCUGAAGUUCAGGUGCCGUACCACAAUGGCGAGGUCAUUCUGGGAUCCCUCAAAACAUUGAGGAUGGCACUGUCAGACACGCAAGAGCGUCUCGAGACCAGGUUCACGAUGUUAGACAAUGCACUUCCGCUGCGAGAUCUUGUCUCUUCUCGGGAAGCAGCCAUUGUACUCCUUAAAAGUAUCGAGGAUAUAUUCACACGAUCGACCGACAAGCCGACAGGAAGAACUAGACAUAUCGCUGCAGAAGCCCUGUUCAGGUUGAAGCUCGAGGAGUCCGCUCGCCUCAAGACUACCGUAACGCGUCAAAUCGCUCAUGUUCUUAGCUCCCGAAUCUCUCAGCUCAGCCAAUCCUUGACUAUGCUCGACAGCCAGAACCGAUACGCUAGACCAGAACACGAAUCUCAAGUCGAUGUUAUGUCACGAGACUUACAACACUUGAGAAUACAAGCGCAAAAGCAUUUGUCGAAUCAAAGCCCAACCUACACGAAGAACGACAUUGAACAACUCAGAGUCCUGCUUGUCCGACUAGCCGAAUCUGAGGAUGCAUUGCUCGCUGAAACAAUCGUUUCGAGUCUCAAUUACACGAGCAGACCUAUCCGUCUCGAUUCCAUUCCUCAAGCGCACCAAGAUACUUUCCAAUGGGCCUUCGAUUCUCGACUGGCAAAUUGGUUCCUUUCUGGGAGUGGCACUUUCUGGAUCUCCGGGAAGCCAGGUUCUGGCAAGUCCACAUUCAUGAAGUUCAUUUCCAAACAUGCUCGCACCAAAGAGCUGUUGGAGACCUGGGCGGGCCCAACCGGCACACUGGCUAUUGCGACGCAUUGCUUUUGGAUCGCAGGGACACCGAUUCAGAAAUCCUGGCAGGGGCUUCUUCAAUCUUUACUCCACGACCUACUUCGAGGACACCCCCGCGCUGUCUCCAUAGCCUGCCCGAGUCGCUGGGCAGCUGCUAAAUUUGGAAAAUGGCAGGCGGCCGCAGAACCGUGGUCGGUGGAAGAGCUUGCUGUCGCGUUGCGAGCGCUAUCAACGGCGGAGCGGAUGCCAUUGAGGAUGUGUCUAUUCAUCGACGGGCUGGACGAAUAUGACAGCAACCACGCGGAACUCUGUAAAGUCCUCCUUGACAUGGCGAAGUCUCCCCAUGUCAAGAUAUGCCUAUCUAGCCGUCGGUGGCCAGUCUUCGAGAGGAGCUUCGGCCAAAAUGGACAGGAGAGCCUUGAUAUCCACGAGCUCACGCGGGACGAUAUUCGGAAAUUUGUCAACGACCAGCUGCGGACUGACCCCCGAUGGACUGCCGAGACUUCCGAGGGCGUUACCCUAGCGAAAGCAGACCUCGUGAACCGAAUCGUCACCCAGGCUGACGGUGUAUUUCUCUGGGCGUUCUUCGUGACUAGAUCCUUACGAGAGGGCCUCUUCAACGGCGAGAUGAUUGAAGAUCUCGCCCGACGCCUCAGCCAACUACCAUCCGACUUGGAUCAAUUGUUUCAACACAUGCUGGAUAGCGUGGAUCCUGCCGAUCAUCGCACGAUGGCGGGCAUCUUACAGGGCGCGGUGCACGCACUAGAACCGCUUCACAUUGAUCUCUACCACCAGCUGGAAAGGGAAUUGCAGGGCCGUCAUUCUGUGUUGCAGAGCUCGGAACAGCUUGGGUCCGUCCAGAGCGUUGCCCUCCGGAGAGAGCACACGGUCCGCAACAUCAAUCAGAAGACAAAGGGCCUACUUAAGCUUGUUUAUGAUCGAUUUGAGUUCCUCCAUCGGACCGUCAAGGACUUCGUCUCGACAAAAGAUGUUGGCGACUAUCUUCGCAGCAAGCUGCCGUCUGACUACAAUGGCUUCAAAUCCAUCGCGGCAGCGUACCUCGGGUAUCUCAGAGGCACAAGACAGAAAAGCUCACUCGUCGUAGACGUUAUCAGGCAGGGACGGGGGAUGAACAGCGGUCCGCUCAUUUCGCAUCUGAACCAAGCCCUGUUUUACGCGUCGGAAGCGCUCAAACAAGCCGAUCAGCCGGGCUCUACCCAGCGCCAACAGGUUGAGACGCUCCUAGAUGAGUACGAAGCCGCCAUUGUGGAAAUGGUCAGCCUCGGCCAUUUAACUGUAAGGGGCGUCAACUCUGAUCGUCUCGAUGCAAGGCUGUUAUUUCGCGAGGAGCUCCUUCGCCAUGAACUAUCGCCUUAUCUGGCAAAGAAGAUCGCCGAGCAGCCAAAUUUCUUCGACGUAUUUGAUGAGUCGCCGCUGUUUGCAGCGCUUAUGCCCAUGUCUCGCGACGGUGGUGAGAGUCCUGGGCCCUCAUCAGAAGUCCUCGACAUUCUUCUCGGACGCGGUGAGGAUCCCAACUUGCUACCUCGCCAGUUGGAUGUUCCCAGCGCUCUGGAUGCACCAUCACCUUGGGUGCUGUUUGCGCGUAUCGGUUGUUGUCCCACGGCGCUAAUCCCAAUCAACCUCUACUGGACCAAUAACAAUAACAACAACAACAACAACCGUCCUGCGGCACGUACUGUCUUCUCGUAUUUCCUGGAUAUAGCUCUAUCCAAAUUUCUUGGCGAAGAGUGUUUCGAAGACUACCUCAGGACCCUGGAUACCUUCUUGCGAGCAGGUGCCAGUCUUGGUGUACCAGAGAUCAACAGAUUGGAGAGUCCGCAUGUUGAGCCGGCGUUUGGAAACCUUUCGAGAAGACGUCCAGAGGAAACGGUGCUGGCGUCUUUCUGUAACGAGUUGAAGGGACUCACAGCGAAGUUGGCGGCCGAUUCACGGAGAGCCACUUUUGUCGCCUCGGUAUUGGAGAAAAUCAUUCUGCACUGUUGCGGUAUAGAGGAAGAUCUGAGAGAGUUGCGCUUAGCAAUAGGCCAAAGCUUCCCCUCGCAUGCGACCGCGUCUCUGUUGCAAUUGAUCGAUUCUGAGGCUAGCAUCCCUCGAGAACGCGCAUCAAAGCGGAAGAGGCUCCAAAAGGAACGCGAGGAAGCUACUGACGAGAUUCAUGACGUCAGAAGAAAAUCCUUGAGAUGGGGAGUGAUUGGCCCAGGAGGAAGAGGAUCCGCAUGA